AUGGACGAACGACAUCCAGAAAAAGAAUCCCCAAGGCCAGUGGCUCUCGCUAAUACACAGGAAACCUUCUCCGGAGGGGUGCCAGAGAAGAAGGGCACAAAGGAGCAAAUGACCUCUUCAGGUUCUGAUACUGACGGACCUGAAGUUGUCGACGGUUCCGGUCAUGAACCAGGCCCAGAACAGGACAAACCUCAUCCUGGUGGCGACUCCACAUUGCCUCAGCCCUAUCGCAUUCUCUCUUCGUCCCGGGCCCAUACGGCUUGUGUUGUCGCAAGGGCGGAACGUAGGGGGCUCUUGGCUCGCUUCGCUUUCAUUCCCGAGGUUGAGCGUCCUGUUGAAUACAAGAACAAGACGAAAUGGAUGAUCACGACCAUAGUUGCACUCGCAGCUGCUGGCGCCCCUUUUGGCAGUGGCAUCUUUCUUCCUGCUCUUGAACUGAUGGCUGAUGACCUACAUACAUCGCCAACUAUCACCAACUUGGCCGUUGCCUUGUACAUGCUAGCUAUGUCAAUAUUUCCCCUCUGGUGGUCAUCAUUCUCGGAAACGUUAGGCCGACGGACGAUUUACAUUGCCUCUUUCACGUUGUUUGUUGUAUUUUCGGUCCUGAGUGCUGUCAGCGUAAAUACUGCUAUGCUUGUGAUAAUGCGCCUUCUUGCUGGAGGAGCAUCAGCAUCCGUACAAGCCGUCGGUGCUGGCACUAUCGCCGAUAUUUGGAAGCCAGCAGAGCGCGGACGAGCCAUGGGAAUCUUCUAUCUUGGCCCCCUAAUCGGCCCUCUGUUGUCCCCCAUCAUCGGCGGAGCACUUUCCCAGGGGUUCGGGUGGCGAUCAACCAUGUGGUUCCUCGCCAUCUACGGCAGCUGCACUUUGAUCCUGAUCAUCUUCGCCCUACCCGAGACGCUCACCAAGCGCAAGCCCCUUCCACCGCCGCCCGCUGAGAACAACGAGCUCAGGCGUGUCUCGACACGCCAGUCUGUCGCCGAACACUCUAAACGCGCUGGCGCUAUCACUAAGCGCUUCAUCAUCGAGCCUCUCGAGGUACUCCUUUACCUGCGAUAUCCCCCAGUUCUGGUGUCUGUUUACUCUGCCGCCAUAGCGUUCGGUGCUCUCUUCAUCCUCAAUAUCUCUAUUCAGACAACCUUCCAUUCAGCACCCUACGGUUACUCUACCAUUAUCGUCGGCCUCUUGUAUUUACCCUCUUCUCUCGGCUACAUUGUUGCCUCACUUCUCGGGGGACGAUGGACCGACAAGAUUAUGAUGCGUGAGGCCCGCAAGGCUGGCCGCUACGAUGCUGAUGGCAACCCCAUCUUCCUGCCCGAGGACCGCAUGCGUGAGAACAUCUGGUUAGCUGCCAGUAUGUAUCCCGCCGCCAUGGUUUGGUUCGGUUGGACGGCGCAGCACGGUGUCAAUUGGAUCGUGCCCUGUGUUGCCAACUUCUUCUUUGGCUGCGGGUCCAUGCUCGUCUUUGGUGCCGUCACGACCAUGUUGACCGAAUUCAUGCCGCACCGGAGCAGCAGCGGUGUGGCCGUGAACAACUUUGUGAGAAAUAUUUUCUCGUGCGUGGGCACAAUCCUCGCUCAGCCGCUCAUUAACGCCAUGGGGAUUGGGUGGUUGUGUACCAUGAUCGGGUUGUUUGCGUGGGUUACUGGCAACCUGGCAAUUUGGCUGUUGAAGAGGAACGCGGCCAAGUGGAGGGAGAGUAUGGAUAACGCGUUGAACACGAAGACUUGA